AUGCUGGCAAAUUGUCCUAUCGAUCAUCUGGCAGCUUCACAGUGCCCUGUUGAUCAUCCACCAGUCAAAGAAGAGCCGAAAUGCCCUGUUGAUCAUGCUACUCGUGCCGCCUGGGUCCUGAGCGUCCAAGUUGAGAUCCCCGAAGCUGUCGAGAUUCCAUCAGAAGGUUGUGAUUCAACAAAGAUCGACAAUUUGAUCGGUGAUGUUACCAAACUGAACGUUGCCCUUCCUACUGAUAGGGAAAUAUCGUCAAUUCCUCGGACCAGCUCAGGGACGAACUGGGUCUACCCGUCUCAAAAACAAUUUUACGAAGCCAUGCAACGAAAAAACUGGAAUCCCAAUGCCGAUGAUAUGAAAACGGUGGUUCCUAUCCACAAUGUGGUUAAUGAACGCACUUGGAAUCACAUUAUGAUGUGGGAAAAGGCUAAUAUCGAGAAUGCCAAUAAAAAGUGUGGCGGUAUUACUUUAACGUCAUUCAAAGGAGACUCGAAAAAGUUGACUCCGAGAGCCUGGUUCCGAUCGACUUUUCUCGGACUUCCCAAACCUUUUGAUCGUCAUGAUUGGCGCAUCAAUCGGUGUGGUGUUGAGGUUGACUAUGUUAUAGAUUUUUACGGGAAUGCCACUGCAAGUGGUGUUGAGUUAGACGUACGACCAAAGCUUAACAGCUGGGAGGGAAUUAAGCUUCGUCUUUCCCAUGCUUUGGGAUUAGAUUGA